GAGAUGCGCAAAUUGAAACCCUUGCCUAGGGUGCCAAACUACCUUGGCCCGGCUCUGGGUUCCUGCUUCAAAGAAAGCUUGACUAUUGCAAACCACAUAGCUGAAGAUAAUGUUAGCAAUCAAUAAACGAAGGUUUGAUCUUAAAGUCAAGUACAAAGAGUUGUUACCAGAUGACAAAGUGUUACUGAGAAAUUUAGGAGUAUUGUAAGGGAGCUGCCUGGGAUUCCUGAGUACAAAAUUAAGGAUGCCGUCCCCUCUAGCAGAAGCACAGGACUCCUGUACCACCACAAGGAAGAAAAUCAGUGCUUGAUUUCUUGCAGUAACAGAUUUUGGCUACACUGGAAUCUUUCAGGUUUAAAAAUCCCAUCAGAUGAGAAGGGCAUCGGCAAGUUGAUGGGUUCAGUCAUUUUGGCCUAUAAUGCAGGUCCAGAUUCACUAAUUUGGUGAUCUUACCAUGUAUGGCCACAUUUACAGGAAUAGAAAUAAAGAUAAAUGACAGUUAAAAGAUUAACAUAAAUCUAAAGUCCAAGCAGGAAACUCACCGCACCCUGUGUGACAUCAGGAGAUAAACAAGUCCCACUGGUUAUAGAGAGAGAGUAAAGUUCAGUUUUGUUUCUUGUUCCUGAUUUCAGUGAUGGCGGCUGCUGAUCUGAGAGACGAGCUGAGCUGCUCCAUCUGCCUGAGCAUUUAUACUGAUCCUGUAUCCCUGCCGUGUGGCCAUAACUUCUGCCAGGGCUGUAUUGGGACAACAUGGAAUUGGCAGAAGAGCAUAAAGGAAAAUCCUUCCUGCCCUGAAUGUAGAAAGAGAUUUAGUAGGAGACCUGAACUGACAACAGACUGGAAGCUGCGUGACCUGGUGGAGAAAUUCCGUCCAACUGAGACAGAGCCGGGGGAGACUGGGAUCUUCUGCACCUACUGUGUCCUCUCUCCUGUACCUGCUGCUAAAUCCUGUCUCCUGUGUGAGGCUUCUCUGUGUGAUACCCACCUGAGGGGGCACAGCAAGUCAGCAGAACAUGUACUGACCCAACCCACCGACUCCUUUAUGGGGAGAAAAUGUUCUGUACAUCACAAGGUUCUGGAGUAUUACUGCUGUGAGGAGUCUGUCUGUGUCUGUGUGUCCUGCUGUCUGGCCGGAGAGCACAGGGGCCACAGGGUGGAGCUGCUGAGUGAGGCCUCUGAGAAGAAGAAAGAGAAAGUGAGGAAAUUUCUGGAGAAACUGAGUCCAGAGAGAGAGGAGACUGAGAGAGGAGCCCAGAGACUGCAGGAGCGCAGGAGAAAAGUGGCAGAAAAAGCAGCCGGUGAGACAGAGAGAGUCACUGCCCUGUUUAGAGACAUCAGGGAACAGCUGGAAGCCCUAGAGAAGCGACUCCUGAGUGACAUCUCCAGCCAGAAAGAGAAGCUCUCACUCACACUCACUGAUCUGAUGGAGCAGCUGGAAAUAAAGAAGGACGAGCUGUCCAGGAAGAUCCGUCACAUUGAGGAGCUGUGCAACAUGGCAGAUCCACUCACUGUCCUACAGGAACGGGAAUCACAUGGAGCUGCAGAUAAUGAGGGGGGCAGACAGAGACAUGAUAUAAAGGUCCCUGCUGUAGGGGAUCUGGAUGUGGAUCUGAUCUCAGAGACAUUACUCACAGGCUUAGCUGCCAUUGUGACUGGGGUAAAGGGAGGGAUCUAUGGGCAGGAGGCUACAGACCUGUUACUGGAUAUAAACACGGCUGGGAAUCUUGUAUCUGUAUCAGGGGACAAGAAAUCUGCUUCCUACUCACUCACAGACCAGUGUCACCCACAAACCCCAGAGAGAUUUCAGGAUUAUGCUCAGACUUUAAGCAGCAGGAGUUUCCCCUCAGGGCGACAUUACUGGGAAGUGGAGGUCAGUGAAUCAGGGGACUGGAGGGUAGGGGUGGCCUAUCCCAGUAUAGAGAGGAGAGGGGAUCAGUCCUUUAUUGGGUUUAAUAACAAGUCCUGGUGUUUGUGCAGAUGGAAUAAUAAAUAUAUAGUGAUACAUGACAGUAAAGGCACAAAGUUACCCCACGUCCCUUCCUGCAGGAGAAUCAGGAUCUCAUUGGACUAUGAGGCCGGACGUCUGUCCUUUUAUGAGCUGAGUGAGCCAAUCAGACACUUACACACCUUCACUGUCACAUUCACUAAGCCCCUUCAUGCUGCAUUCUGGGUAUGGGGGGAUGAUACCUGGGUGAGAAUCAUUAGUUAGGGAUAAUGAUAAUGUUAGAUAAUAUUUAGUAUGAUGUAGCGAGUGAUACAAUUUGCAAUUGGUUUUCAUUUUUUAUUAUUUGUGGUUUUUGAAUUAUUUAGCUUUUUAUUCAGCAGCUCUUCAAUUUGCAUUUUAAGCAAUCUGGUUGUUGUUAUAUCUGCAUCAUUCAGUGUGGACUUAAUGCAAAGAUUACACAUCCAGUUUGCAGUGGAGAUUCAGUUUUAUUCAUUGUACACUUCUCAUUCCUUCCUCUGCUUUCUCUCUCAUGAUAUUCCUCUUACUUCCUGUUCCUGCCUCCUACCCAGCCUGCCUCUCUGCCUUAAAGGUACACUGUAACCUAAACAUGCAGACAUUACAGUUGUUAGGACCCAAAUUCCCCUAGCAACCAUGCACUGAUUUGAAUAAGAGACUGGAAUAUGAAUAGGAGAGGCCUGAAUAGAAA